AUGUGCCAUUCAUGGGAUGGUUGUGGUGGUAAUUUGUGCUCUCCCGGUUUAUUGAGUGUUGAUCAGCAACAAAACGCAAAUAUGUUGCUCCUAGAAGCUGCUGCUGCUGCUACAGCUGCAGGAACGAUACGCGACCUACUAGGGAUUACAUCUACAAACGGUAGUGAUGUAACAGCAGCUGAUAUUAUGAGCAGUCAGAAGCCGAAAUUAUCUGCAGUUCCAUCAACCUCUGCAACAGCGGAAAUAGUUGCUACUAGUUCUCCAAAUAUCUUUUUUAACGAUGAUGAUGAUGCAAUCAGCAAAAAGCACGAUAGGCAUUUAGGGGAUCGUUCUUCACUCAAUGGUAGAGCAACAUCUGCUGGUGAAAAUUUGGGUGAUGCAAAACGUCAACCGAAUAAAGCAGUGAGGUGCAAAAUCAGCGAUGUAAAAUUAAACGUGAAAAGGCGAGCAAAUGAAGAGACUUUGAGCAAUGCAGCACGUGCAAUAACCAAGGAAGAAAAGAUCGAUCUGGACGAGCUGGAAAAUUUUGCUCAAACAUUCAAAAAGCAGCGCAUCAAAUUUGGUUUCACUCAGGGUGACGUUGGUCUUGCCCUUGGGCGCCGUUAUGGUACUGACUUUUCACAAACAACUAUAUCGCGCUUUGAAGCACUAAAUUUGUCCUUCAAAAACAUGUGCAAAUUACGUCCAUUGCUCAAAGAAUGGUUAGAAGAUGCAGAAGCGGCACUGGCCAAUGGUGCAACAAUCAGUGAUCUUUUGGACCCACCCUCUAAAGAGCCCACUCCACAAUAUCCGACAUCGGUGAUACAUUUGCCACUGAAUAAUAAUAAACAGAGCUCUGUAGUGAACAUUAGUGCAAGCAGUUGUAAUAGAAUGCCAAGCGACGAAUCGCCGUCACCAAAUGGAUCUAUCGUGUGCAGUUCAGGUGUUGGUGGUAAUAUUCCGCUGAAAAAACGUCGAAAGCGAACCAACUUGGAUUUAGCACAACGUUCUGCAUUGGAUGCUUACUUUGACAUGAACCCACGUCCGGACCAUGAUAGGAUGGCGGAAAUUGCAGAAUUAGUAGGGCUAGAUCGAGAUGUAGUUCGUGUAUGGUUCUGUAAUCGACGCCAGAAAUUUCGUAAAGAAUAA